AUGGGCGACUUUGCCGCCUCGCCGUCGCACUCGCCACCCCUCGGCGCCAUCCACAUCAGCGAGGACCUCACACCCUUGCCCGAGCUGAAGCCUGCCGGCAACACAGACAUUACCUUUGACGGCCAGCUCUCGCGGCCGCUGCGUCUGCGCGAGGACCUGCGCACCGGCUGCGGCGGCCAGACAUGGCCCGCGGGCAUGGUGCUCGGCAAGCAUAUGCUCCGCUACCACCGCCAUGAACUGCAGGAUGCGAGAAUACUAGAACUCGGUGCCGGCGGGGGUCUCGUCGGUCUGGCUGUUGCGCUAGGCUGUGGCGUGGAGAGCCGCCUCAUGCUGACGGACCAGAACGAGAUGCUGGAGCUCAUGAAGCACAAUAUUGACCUAAACCAAGUCGAGAACAAGGCUACCGCAUCGAUAUUGAACUGGGGAGAACCGCUGCCUCAAGAGGUUGUCGACUACAAACCCAACGUGAUUCUCGCCGGCGAAUGCGUCUACUUUGAGCCCGCCUUUCCCCUGCUCAUGCAGACGCUCCGGGACCUGCUCGCGCUCAACCCAGACGCCGUCAUCUACUUUUGCUUCAAGAAGCGCCGCCGCGCCGACAUGCAGUUUGUCAAGAUGGCCCGCAAGGCGUUUGCGGUGGAAGAGGUCUUCGACGAGGACCGUCCAGACUUUUCGCGACAGUCCCUGUUCCUCUUUGCCUUUACGGCCAAGCACAGCAAGGCUGUUCCCGCGGGCAGCAAAACGCAGAGGAAACCUGCAGACGAGGUGACAGCACCCUUCUCGUAG